AUGACUUGCCCUUGCGGAAAAAAAUCUGCUUGUGCUUCACAACAGCAACCCGUUAAUAAUAAUACCGAUACCGAUCCUUGCAGCAACAUGCUCUUGUGGAAAUUGCCAAUGCAAGGCUGGCGAAUGUAA